CCCUUUUGAGGGCCCGGCUUGUUGGUCCCCUCUGACGAGGAGCCCAGAAAGGUUUUGUUAGAAGAUUCCAUACAAUUCCCACGAGUAGUGCGGAAAUGCGGUCUCACCUGGGCAGAGCCGCUUGCCCAGGGCUUGGCUGCCAGCCCCUUCCCGAAGGAAAAGAGCCACCACUCGGAGGUCGCCCGGUAUCCGAGGGGCACCGUUAUCGACACUGCACCCCAGUGCCACGCAGUCCUCGGCACGGUCGCUAACACCUUGACUUGGGAGGUUGGUCCGCGGCGACGACCUUCGUCGCUACCAGUCUGGGUUUUAGCCCCGACGAGCCACUUAUAAUCGUCACUACCCACACCGAAGCACGAGUCACGUACGAUCAUUCAAGUGUCUGUAUGGGCUUUCCCCUAUCCGCCACCCGGGGACGCGCCCGAUGGGUGCCUAACCACACGGGAGUAUAACAGAGCGAUUUACAACAGUAAUAAUCUCAAAGAUUUCGUAAAUGUACUUGCGGUUAUAGGAAGUAUCUUGAAAUCUCCAGGUAUAACAACUUCCAUGUAAGUGCCAUGUUUGGUUUUACCGAAAUGGUGGGGUAAUGUAGAAAUUCAUCCACUGCAUCAUUCUUGAAGUUAAACUUGAGGAUUGAGUAUUCAGUGAAGGUAAAAGCCAUAAAAAAUUUACAUAAUGGGAAAAAUACUGCGAAAUAAUGUAACAUACCUCGUAUUCUUUAAAUGCAAAUACAGAUCCGUAAAAAUGAAGCCACCGCAGACAACAAGAGAACGAGAAAACCACUCCAAAAUAUGGCAAAACCAAAACACUAAUCUCUUAAGCAGAUAGACACGCAGUCAGAAAAGUAAUGUCGUACUAAAAGAAAUCAUUUGCAAGUGCACAAGACGAAAGCGGAAAUUUCACUGCGAGAGCAACAUAAAAUUAAAGAAGGGAUAGCUAAAACAAAGAACUAGGUGAAAGAAACCUUUAACACUUCCUGGACCUCUAACGGAAUAAUUUACAUCUAAACUAGUGAAUUACCAAGAAGAUACCUAAAUAGUGUAAGGAUACUAAGGUUAAAUUACGAGCAAAAAGAUUUUAAAGACGGGCACAAAUCGAAUGGAUUUCAUUCCGGAAUAUCAAACAGUAAGAAAAUAACGUUGCAACCCGAUGUUGUCGACUCGUACAGGCUGAAAACUGUUACAUGAAAUUGUAAAAUGCAGAUUAGAAAAGAAGGAACAAGGAUUGGUCCAUUACAAAGCAUAAUGCUAACGGUAAUACUUUUGCUUACAGUUCUGCUAAUUAACAGUCAAUCGAUAAAUGUAAAAAAGUUCCCAAAUGAUUUUGUGUUUGGAGUGGCCUCCUCUUCUCAGCAAGUCGAGGGCGCCUGGGAUGUUGACGGCAAAGGAGAAACUAUGUGGGAUCACCUAGUGCGAAAUUACCCCGAGAAAGUUGAAGGCAAAAAUUAUAUUGACAUGAGUUGCGAUUCUUACUACAAAACUGUGGAAGACGUUCGACACUUAAAAGAUCUCGGCGUACAGUUUUACCGUUUCUCAAUAAAUUGGGCCCGGAUUAUGCCGACUGGUUUUCCAAACCGAAUUAAUCAAGCAGGAAUCGAUUAUUAUAGCAAUUUGAUUGACGAACUUUUAGCCAACGAUAUUUCACCAAUAGUUACAAUAUAUCACUGGGAGCUACCUCAGACACUAUCCACUAUGGGAGGGUUUGUUAAUAACGACGUAGUCUCGUGGUUAGAGGAUUACGCAAGAGUUUUGUUUGAGUACUUCGGGACAAGGGUCAAACACUGGAUUAGUGUUAACGAACCACGGAUCAUGUGCCAGUUUGGAUAUGGCAACGGGAAUUUUGCCCCUGGAGUUAAACUAUCAGGAAUUGCUGAUUAUUUGUGCGAUCACAAUGCACUUAAAGCUCACGCUAAAAUCUAUCGCUUGUAUCAAAAUGACUUUAAACCGACCCAACAAGGUCAGGUUGGUAUAAGCAUCGACUUGCAAUGGUAUGAACCGGCUACGGAUUCGUUGGAUGACCUUAACGCUACUAAGCGUGUAAUACAGUUUGAAAUAGACAAAUACUUGCAUCCUAUUUUCACUAAGAAAGGAGACUAUCCCGAGUUGUUAAAAAGACUCGUAAGGGAAGAAAGCGAAUCGGAAGGCUAUUUCAGGUCAAGACUGCCAGAAUUUACAACCGAAGAAGUGGAACAGCUGAAAAGAUCUUCAGAUUUUCUAGCAAUAAAUCAUUACACCACUUAUCUAGUACAAAAUAAAGAAACAAAUUUUUCAGCAAAUCCGUCGGUCGAAAAGGAUUUUAAAGCCGAUUUAGUAUUCGACCCAUCCUGGGAAUCGAGCGCUUUUACACUCUUUAAGGUGGUUCCUUGGGGAGUCAGAAAACUCUUGAAAUACAUUAAAGACAACUAUGAUGAUAUAAACAUUUACAUUACUGAAAACGGUUAUGCUGAUACACAUUCUAUACAUGAUGAAAAACGAGUCAAUUAUCACAAGAGGCUGUUAAGUAACGUCUUGGAUUCUAUUUAUGAGGAUAAUGUUCCAGUAAAGGCUUACAUGGCUUGGUCAUUUUUGGACAGUUUCGAAUGGUCUGCUGGUUACAAUUUUGGAUUUGGAUUAUAUUACGUGAAUUUCUCUGAUCCAAAUAGACCGCGUAUUCCAAAGGACUCUGCCAAAUAUUACUCAAAAGUUAUAAAGGAUAGGGGAUUAGUUUCAAAAACCGAAUUGUAAAUCAAUUGUAGCAAGAAUCGGAAUCAGAACCGUUUGUUAAUUGUCAACAAUAAUUUGAUUAUUUUGAUUUAUUCUAAACGUCAUAUACAUUUCAUAAUUUUUCGUCAGUCUAGUGCCCUGCAUUGAUCUUCAAUAAAAAUUAAUUGGACUAUUAUUAAGGCGAUGUCAACUGCAACGGCGUAGUUACAUUUACAGGGGUUGAACGCCCCACUUAAUACUUAAAUUCUAAUUCCUAUGGAACUGAUAAAAAUUUUACUGUAACAAUUCAUGUUUUGUAACGAAAUAAUUAAAGCGACAGCUAGCUCAGUAAUAAAUUACCUUGGUUCUCCUUAUAAUCUGAAAAUCAAAACCUGAUGCUCUGGUUUGAUUAUUCUCAAAUAAACACUCAUGUAAAUUGGCGU